UAAAACCAAUAUUUUUGCAAUAAAUUGACUAACGCCAUCUAGAGUUUUGAUGUGGAACGAUCCGUCUAUAGAAGUUAAUCAUAAAGUAAGUAUUAACCAGGCGAUUCAGUAGAGGUCACUAGUAGGAGUAGUAGGCACUGCUUAUUGAAUUUUUUUUGCUUCAUUAGAAUAAAACUUGGAUUCUUAAAAUGUUUUUAAUGUGCAUGUGCUUUCUUUUUUUUAUUUUUAUUUCCUCUGUCAUUUAGGAUCACAACGUUUUUCUAGAAUGGCAUCACUAAAAUUCGGGGAAUCCUGUAUUGUUAGUAUUAAUUUUGUAAUGGUAAUGGUGAGAAGCACGAGCAACACGACUAUUAAUGAAUGAACAAUACUCUUUGCUGAUUACGUGGUGGUCAGUGUGCGGUUCAUGUCCGUUUGUGUAACUCGUAUCUCAGUUUCUGUAUCCUAAUGAUUGAUAUUACUGUAGUCUGUAACAUUUUGUGCUAAGUGCUAAAGGUAGUCCCACCUUAUCCUUAGUAUCACUUGUUAUUUUUUAAUAUUAAUUAAUUUAUGGGAAGUUACUUACCGGUUUUAAAACAAGAAAAAUCCAUUCAGUAACAUGAGUGGCGAAAAUGAAGAGAACCCCACAUUUGAAUGGAGUGAGGACAGAUUGGAAGAGAUCGCGUUUAAAGAGUUAUUUCCACUAUCUGUCACGGACAUAUUAUCAGUUCAAAAAGAUAUAAUAAAACGGUUCCUUGAUUUUUAUUUAGGAGGUAGAGUCCAAAAAGGCAUAGGUGUGGACGACCUAGUAUUUGCUGUUUUGUCCAUAUUGCCGGUAUCUCCGUAUGAUGAAAAAAAAAUAUGGAGUGACGCAAUGUUUACAAAUGGCGGUAUGGCUUUCUUUUUAACUCCCGAAGAAAAAAAUGCGUUUCAAUCCCGAUCGACGAACGACAGUCAGGAAGACGUCCAGAGCACAGGAGAGCCGAUGGAGUCGCCUUACCCAGAGUCUGUAGACGCUACUGAGGAUCCUGUAAGUAUUUCUAACGAUACCGAAAACAUUCACCUAGAUGAUGAUGAUGAUGAUCAUGAUGAUGAUGAAAAAGAUUUUACAAUAGAGGAUGAGACAACAGCUAACCGAGAUAAAGACAACCUUAGUGAAAGCAGCAACGAAAUAAAUAAUGUUUAUGAUGAUGAUGAUGAUGAUGAUGAUGAUGAUGGUAAUAGUAACAUUUCCGAAGAGCCAAUUAAUGAGAAUAUGGAACCCGAACCACAACCAUUCAGUCCACCUAUAGAGUUGCCGGAAAAUAUAAAGUUCGCGCAGAAACCAAUUUCGAAGGAAAAUAAAAUUUUGACUUAUGGCCCUGUUGAAAAUGCUGCAUUUAUAUCAUGUUGCCAUGAAUUACUUAAUAGAUGGGAUUCAGAGUCACGUUCCAGAGCAGUACUGAAAUCUUUCUUUGCUGUGGUAGCUUUGGUGCUGAUGCGUGCUACUACGAAGGGCUACAAACAUCUCAUUUCUACGUUCUACAGUCAAAAGUUUCUUCGAUUACUUCGCCACAGUAUCAAAUGCGGGCUCUCGAAGUAUUCUCCACCGCACAAGCGCUGCCUCAAGCGAGCCUAUAGGACUUUCCGUCGAAGAGACGGUAACACGCCCACAAUGUUCGCUAAACUCGUAUUAUUAUCGAAAAAUUUAAGUAGAUUUAAAUACUUAAAUUAUAUCAUAUUUAACGGUCUUUUAAACUAUACGGCAGAAUAUGGGUUUAAUUUGAUACAGCUGCUUCGAACUUUGUGCAAUGAAAUUGAAGAUGGUAGUGUGACAAGGGUGAUGGAGGCGACCUGGUGCGAAGCUACUGCGGCGUCUUGGAUGAAAGUGGCGAUAUUUUUGAAUGAACGUUACACGGCUUCGUCUUCGGAUUCGAGUUACAAGUGGGCACGAGUGUUGGACGGACGUUUCUUCAAGGGAUUGUCGUGCCAACAGAACUACGGUCUGGCAGUGAUAAUGUCAAUUUUCGUGGAGAAGCUCACUGGUAAUUUAGAUGUAUGGAAAGCAACUUGGGUGGAAAACGAUGAAUUGGAAAAGUAUCGCGAACUCGGAAGUCGAUUAUAUGAACGGUUUAUUUGUUGAAACGAUGAAUUAUUAAAAAUAUUUAUUGUUUCGUUCCUAGAAUAGUAAAUUGUUAUUGUAUUAAACACAAAAUAAUAUAGUUUUAUUGGCA